ACACGCCUCAUUCUUCUAGAACGGGUAUCCACAAAUUCCCAAGAUUUGCGAGAACAUAACCCUUGAGAAGGUGGGGGUGACCCACGGAGGAAUUCCCUGGAAAAGCUGAGACGGCCCCAGCUGGAGAUGCGGCGUCCACUCCCGGGGGUCAACUACGAGGGGAGGGGGCGUCUGCGAGAAAGGGGAGGGGCGGCGGUGGGCAGCCCAGGGAGGAGAGGAGGGGCGAGGCGCCGUCGCCAGCCCCCUCCCCUCGUCUGCGCUCCCUUCUUUUCCCUGUCGGUCGGGCACCCGAGCGCACCCCGCGCCGAGGCCUGGCCGUUUCAGGGGGAGGCGCCAACUCGUCGCGGCGCAGGGCCCCUGACCGUGCAGUAACCGCUACCCAGGAGGCGGAGCGGACGAGGCUCCGGCCUGCGCGGAGUCACAUUAACUUUGCUCUAGAAGACAACUUUACAAGGAUCAAAAAGGAACAGGAUUAAAGAUGACUGAAUACUGGGUUCCAGAAAUUUAAAACAAUCAGCUUAGCAAAUCACAUAUUCUUCUGUGGAACUGAGAAUUGAUGUCUGCUCUUCCCAGUGAUUUGGAACUUUCCAAUCCCAGAGAAAAGUUGACCAAGGGACUGCCCAGGACUGAGUCCAUAUGGAAGAAGAACUUCCUCUUUUCUCUGGAGACAGUGGCAAGCCAGUACAGGCUACUCUGUCAUCUUUGAAGAUGUUAGAUGUGGGAAAGUGGCCAAUUUUUUCCCUUUGUUCUGAGGAAGAACUACAGUUAAUUCGUCAGGCUUGUGUCUUUGGCAGUGCUGGCAAUGAAGUUUUAUACACUACAGUAAAUGAUGAGAUUUUUGUGCUUGGCACAAACUGUUGUGGCUGUUUGGGGUUAGGUGACGUCCAGAGCACCAUUGAACCUCGGAGACUGGAUUCUUUAAGUGGCAAGAAAAUAGCCAGCCUCAGCUAUGGGAGUGGUCCACACAUUGUCCUUGCAACAACAGAAGGAGAAGUCUUUACCUGGGGUCAUAAUGCUUAUAGCCAGCUGGGCAAUGGGACAACUAAUCAUGGUUUAGUGCCCUGUCAAAUCUCAACUAAUUUGUCAAACAAACAAGUCAUUGAAGUUGCCUGUGGGUCUUACCAUUCUUUGGUGCUAACAUCUGAUGGAGAGGUAUUUGCCUGGGGUUAUAAUAACUCUGGGCAGGUAGGAUCUGGAUCAACAGUUAAUCAGCCAAUCCCUCGAAGAGUCACUGGCUGCCUACAGAAUAAAGUAGUUGUGACCAUAGCAUGUGGGCAGAUGUGCUGCAUGGCGGUAGUGGACACGGGGGAGGUCUAUGUCUGGGGUUACAAUGGAAACGGGCAGCUUGGACUUGGCAGCAGUGGCAACCAGCCAACCCCUUGCAGAGUGGCAGCUUUGCAAGGCAUCCGUGUCCAGCGGGUCGCCUGUGGCUACGCACACACAUUAGUAUUAACAGAUGAAGGCCAAGUGUAUGCUUGGGGCGCCAAUUCUUAUGGGCAGUUGGGCACUGGCAAUAAAAGCAACCAGUCCUAUCCUACUCCCGUCACUAUGGAAAAGGACAGGAUUAUCGAGAUUGCAGCCUGUCACUCCACACACACAUCUGCGGCCAAGACGCAGGGUGGGCACGUGUACAUGUGGGGCCAGUGCCGGGGUCAGUCCGUGAUCCUCCCGCACCUCACCCACUUCUCCUGCACCGACGACGUGUUUGCCUGCUUUGCCACUCCCGCCGUCUCGUGGCGCCUUCUCUCCGUGGAACCCGAUGACCACCUCACAGUGGCUGAGUCACUGAAGAGGGAAUUUGACAACCCGGACACCGCAGACCUGAAGUUUCUGGUUGAUGGAAAGUACAUUUAUGCACAUAAAGUCCUUCUCAAGAUUCGAUGUGAGCAUUUUCGUUCGUCGUUGGAAGAUAACGAGGAUGAUAUUGUAGAAAUGAGUGAAUUUUCAUAUCCUGUUUACCGGGCCUUCCUGGAAUACCUGUACACAGACAGCAUCAGCCUUUCUCCUGAGGAGGCAGUAGGACUGCUAGACUUGGCUACAUUUUAUAGAGAAAAUCGUCUGAAAAAGCUCUGCCAACAAACUAUCAAGCAAGGCAUCUGCGAGGAGAAUGCCAUCGCUCUGCUCUCGGCUGCAGUGAAGUAUGAGGCCCAGGAUUUAGAAGAAUUCUGCUUCAGGUUUUGCAUAAACCAUCUGACUGUAGUAACACAAACUUCAGGUUUUGCAGAAAUGGAUCAUGAUCUUCUGAAGAACUUUAUCAGCAAAGCAAGCAGAGUUGGAGCCUUUAAAAAUUGAUCCCAUCUGCAGGAAAGGAUUUUUUUUUUUUUUUUUUUUUUUUUUUUGAGACGGAGUCUCACGCUGUUGCCCAGGCUGGAGUGCAGUGGCGCAAUCUCGGCUCACUGCAAGCUCCGCCUCCCGGGUUCCCGCCAUUCUCCUGCCUCAGCCUCCUGAGUAGCUGGGACUACAGGCGCCCGCCACCGCGCCCGGCUAUUUUUUUGUAUUUUUAGUAGAGACGGGGUUUCACUGUGGUCUCGAUCUCCUGACCUUGUGAUCCGCCCGCCUCGGCCUCCCAAAGUGCUGGGAUUACAGGCUUGAGCCACCGCGCCCGGCCAGGAAAGGAGUUUUUGAGGCUUUCCAUUUCCCCUGCAAAAGCCAGAGAUGAAUCACUUCUCUUUAAUUAAUAGUAUGUACGAUGAGCUACAUUUGGCUGAGUACUUAUAUCUGUCAAAAGAAGGAUGAUGGUGAGUGGUCUUUGUCUGCCUAAAUCCAGAGUUUAUGUAGAAAGCAUUGAAUGUUCUGAUCAGAUGUGACUAAGGUCAAAGAAAAAAAAUGGAAAUAUUUUAUUUACCAUUUCCUCUUUUGAGUCACUUAAGUUGGACGCCUUUGGUACCCUGGUCUCAGUAUAUGCUAUUCUGGCCCAAAUGUUCCAUUAUUCAGCUAGCUGAUACCACAUAGAUAGCUUGACAAGCAGUGCUGUCCUUACCACAUUUUCAGCACUCAGCACAGUGCCUUGCGUAUAAUAGGCACUCAAUGUAUUGUAAAUCUGAGAACAGCUUUAGUUGUGGAAUACUGGGGGAAGGAAUAACGUUCACAAAAUAAACUUAAAACAGCCUGUAAUUAUUGAGGUUCAUAUUAUUCUGGUAUAUCAUUCUGAGGAAUUGUGGCUAAUUUAAAACAUUGUUUAGAAUUCACAAAAGGCCUUGGCAAUUAAAUUGUCAGAGGCCCAAGGGCUAAUUUUAAUUUUCUUUUUACUUGGUGUUGUUCAUUAAUUUCUCACAUGGGAUUAUGGAGUAUGAAGUAGUAUCUUUGAAUGAAAUUCCUGGGCUGAUCUGCCUUACAUAAUCAUGUAAGGUCCUUUGCUUUUCUUUGUGUUAAGAGGGAUUUGCCUCUGUAAAUGUAAAUGACAAUGUGCUUUUCUUGUAGUUGACUUUCAUGUCAGUAUAAAAUAGGUCUGUUAACCUGGCACCAGUGUAACUAUAAAGCACUCACUGAGAAGCUGAGAAGGAACUGAUACUUACAUUUCAUGGACAGCAUGAACAAGAAUGAGAUAAAUUUAUACUUUUUAGAUCAAAACAAAUUAACUAAUUACAAAAGAGAAACUGGAAUGGAACAUAGUCUCAGAUUCUUCUAACGUGUAUCUCACAACAUCAUGUAAUGUAAAGAAAACCCUUUUGGAAUUAGAAUUCUUGUUCUGAUGCUGAACUAUUUGAUAAUAAAGUGCUUAUUUGCAGAUAACAGAA